AUGAACUGCACAGUGCACUUCCUGACCCCUCAAGACCCCCUUAAGAUGAGUCAUCGUAAGUACGAGGCACCCCGCCACGGUUCCCUGGGUUUCCUGCCUCGCAAGCGUGCUGCGCGCCACCGUGGAAAGGUUAAGGCCUUCCCCAAGGAUGACAUCAAGAAGCCCGUCCAUCUGACUGCCGUUAUGGGCUACAAGGCUGGUAUGACCCAUGUUGUCCGUGAUCUUGACCGUCCCGGAUCCAAAAUGCACAAGCGCGAAGUUGUGGAGGCCGUCACCGUCAUCGAGACCCCGCCGAUGGUUGUGGUCGGUGUUGUCGGCUACGUUGAGACCCCUCGUGGUCUCCGUACCCUUACCACUGUUUGGGCUUCCCACCUCUCUGAUGAGCUCAAGCGUCGCUUCUAUAAGAACUGGUAUCGCUCGAAGAAGAAAGCUUUCACCCGCUACGCCAAGAAGGUCUCUGAAGAUGGUGGCAAGUCUGUCACUCGCGAGCUCGAGCGUAUUCGCAAAUAUUGCACUGUCGUUCGCGUCCUCGCCCAUACCCAGAUUCGCAAGACCGGCCUCAGUCAGAAGAAGGCUCAUCUUAUGGAGAUCCAGGUGAACGGAGGCUCUAUUGCGGACAAGGUCGAGUUCGCGCACGGCCUCUUCGAAAAGCCUUUCCCUGUGACAUCUGUCUUCGAGCAAGACGAGGUUGUUGACGUUAUUGCGGUGACCAAAGGUCACGGUUUCGAGGGUGUCACUCACCGUUGGGGCACCAAGAAGCUUCCCCGCAAGACCCACAAGGGUCUCCGCAAGGUCGCUUGUAUUGGCGCCUGGCACCCGUCCAAAGUCAUGUUUUCUGUUGCUCGUGCCGGCCAAAACGGCUACCACCAUCGUACCGAGCUGAACAAGAAAAUUUACCGCAUCGGCUCUGGCGAGGACGUCGCCAACGCGUCAACCGAGUCUGAUAUCACGAAUAAACAGAUUACGCCAAUGGGAGGAUUUCCUCACUACGGUAUCAUCAAGAAUGAUUUCCUUAUACUCAAGGGCUCUAUCCCCGGAACCAAGAAGCGUAUCAUUACCAUCCGCAAAUCCCUUAUGGUGCAUACUUCUCGCCGGGAUCUUGAGAAGGUUCAGCUCAAAUUCAUCGAUACCUCCUCGAAGUUCGGUCACGGUGCUUUCCAGACCGCAGAAGAAAAGGGAGCGUUCCUCGGAACGCUCAAGGCCCGGGCGUGAUCUGCUGUACUUUCUUCUCCCCUUCCUGCUUUCUACAUAUCUCCUUGUUGUUAGGCAUUCAUAUCCUCAUGCUGUGCUUUGUACUGCCAGUGCUAUCGAGUGUCAGCGCUAGUUGUACUACGAAUUUGAACUUCUGAAUGGUAAGGCGAGACGUCGAAGCAAGAAUAACCAUGAUUGUCAGCAACGGUCUUGCUUCCGUGCGCUGCUGUGUCUCCGUG